ACUCGGAGAGCCGCCGGCGCGAGGACGGCUGCGCCGGUGGGACGGACUGUGUGGAGUGUCUGUGACGAGUGUCAAAUACAGAAAUGAUUUUGCAGGUACUGAGUGUACCAGUGAGCCGGAGGCGAGACGCCAGAACAGCAUAACUUACAGAACAAACGAAAUGAUCGAAGGGACCCUGGCUGUUGGUAUAAACGAGUAACUUCCCUUUGAUGUAGUCACACAGGGACUCUCAAAUCUGUAGCUCGAUAUUAUUAACCACUGAAUACCAAUACUUCCCUUGUGCUAGGAUCCAACCCGUGCCUAAAUCUUCCAUUUUUCUUUGCCAUGCUUAGCCUCCACAGUAUAGCAACAGAAAGCUGCCAGGAAAUCUAAUACAAAAGUGCCGCGAUGAAGACAACUGAAACGGAGGCUCGAUAGGCGCCCUAAUCCAAGGACUCCAGCCACAUCCGGAGGCCGGUGCCAGCUCACAGACAGCGGUCAGCAGAACUGCCAGCAUGUCCUUCAACACGGCUCUGCUGGAUUUCAGUGUUGCCCCUGAGGUCAUCACCAAUCCAGUGGAGAGCGCCACGCUGCACCAGCGGAUCGAGGCGACGGUGGGCGCGGCGGUGGCCGGCCUCACGCGGCUGAUCGAGGACCUGACGCCCAGCGGCGGCUUCCUGCUCAACUACUCAGCCGACGCUGAGACGUUCGUCACGCUGCGCGGCCACCCCAGCGGCCUCGUCUCGCUCCAGAUCGAGAACUACGGCGAGGCCUUCAUCAUGGACAAUCGGGCCGUGCUGCAGCUGGAAAAGGACAUCCGCGCCGAAAUCGGCGCCCGGCGCGGCAAGGCGAUCCUUCCUCUGAGACGCGGCAGGGACAUCGACCCCUUCUACUACACCUCUGAUGACCGGCUGGUGGAGUACGGCACGCUGGAGACGCUAUUCGACGAGGUCACGCCCUACCAGCACGUGCAGGUGGUGCGCACGCGCGACUUCGGCAACAUACUCGUCCUGGACGGCUUUCAUAACAUGUCGGAGAAGGACCUCGUCUACACGGAGACACUGAUGGCAGCUGAACAGUACGAGGGCAAGACAGCGCUGAUUCUGGGCGGCGGCGACGGUGGCCUGUUGUAUGAGCUGCUCAAGCACAACCCCAAGUUCGUCACCAUGGUGGAGAUUGAUGACGUGGUCAUCCAACAGUGCAGGAAGCACCUGCGCACUGUCUGCGGCGACUGCCUGGACAAGUACGACGGCGACAACUACAAGAUCAUCGUGGGCGACGCCUUCCAGUUCCUCAGGGACUGCCUGAAGGAGGGCCGCACGUUCGACUACAUCUUCUACGACCUGAGCGAUAUCCCGGUGUCGCCGAAGCACGACCGCAACCUGUGGAACAUGGUGCGGGACGUGCUGCAUGACAGCAUGGCGCUGCUGCCCGCUGGCGGCAAAUACAUGACGCACGUGAUGGGCAUCAACAGUCCGGCGGCGCUGCAAGAGUUCGAGACGCUGGUGGACGCGCUGCCCGUCAAGACAACUCGGACGCAGUCGGCGGCGUUCGUGCCGUCCUUCCUGGAGACGUGGGUCUUCUACCAGAUCACCAAGUGCUGAGUGGUGGGUCUGACUGACCGAUGGGUGCGGGGCUCUGGCCCGCCCGACGGCUCGACGGCAGGAACGGGUGUCCUCCUGCCAUUGUCAGAGGCGACGCGUGGGGUCUGCGGUCACAGCGGGGAGGAGUCUGCCCCGGUCAACCCCGCUUCAUGUGAGGAGUCCUGCUCCUCCCGGUCUCGGAGGGAAGGCAAUCCCUGUCCCUGCUUGGCCUUUGUCCGGUCACCAAGUGACCCCGUUGUCUGGACGGGGAGCACCCGUGCCCUUGUUUUGUUUGCUGCUGCGUUUUGCUACAUGCCAUCACGAAUCAGAUGUCGAGUUAUGUUUGAUCCGGAAAUGUCACUCAAUAAACUCUACCUUAUUUUGAGGGUUAAAA